UCCUGCAGAGACACUGCCUCACCUUCAUCAACUGCUUCAGACACAAAAUGGCCUCAAAAUUCGCUUCCCUGGACUCAGGUGAGAAGACGAAAGAACUCAGGAUGGUUCUGGUUGGAAAAACUGGAGCUGGAAAAAGUGCCACGGGAAACACUCUGUUGAAAAUGAAGUUGUUCAGCUCUCAGAUGUCUUCAGCUGCAGUGACCUCAGAGUGCAAGAAGGAAAGAGCCGAGUUUGAAGGGCAGAGUCUGGCUGUGGUCGAUACUCCUGGUCUGUUUGACACCAAGAAGAGUGAAGAGGAGGUGAUGAGAGAGAUAGCAAAAUGCAUCUCAUUUGCUGCUCCUGGUCCUCAUGUCUUCCUGGUGGUGAUCCAGCCCAGCAGAUUCACAGAAGAGGAACAACAGACAGUAAAACUCAUCCAGAGGCUGUUUGGAGAAAAAGCAUCAGAGUACACCAUGGUCCUGUUCACCCACGGAGAUGAUCUGGAGUUUGAAGGACAGUCCAUUGAAACCUUCAUCAGUGAAAAUCCAAAUCUUCUGAAGUUUGUUGAUGAGUGUCAUGGAGGAUGUCAUGUCUUCAACAACAGGAAGAACGAUCCAGAACAAGUCCGAGAGCUGCUGACGAAGAUCCACCUGAUGGUUCAGAGGAAUGGAGGAGGAUGCUUUACCAACGAGAUGCUGGAGGAGGCUGAGAGAGCCAUCAGAGAGGAGAUGGAGAAACUUCUCAAGGAAAACCCUCAAAUAAAGGAGAAAGAAGCUCGAAGACGGGCUGAGAUCACCAACAGGUUUAUAACAGGUUACUUCAUGGCUGUUGGAGGAGUUAUUGGAACUCUGUUAGGUCCAGUAGGAACUGUAGCUGGAGUUGCAGUGGGAUCUGCAGUGGGCUCUGUAGUGGGAUCUGCAGUGAAAGCCAAGGGUUCAUGCACUAUCCAAUGAUAAUCAGAGCUAAUAACCUGUUAAACUGCAGCUUCUCAAAGCCAUAUUACACCACAAAGGAAAUAAUCAGGUGACAUCGAAACUUCAUUCUGCUUUUCACUCACACUUCAUCUUUUACCAACAGGCAGGUUUCUGCUGGUUUUAAAGGGGAGGAGCUUUUUCUUUAACCAAUCAGCUUCAGCUCUUCAUCAUGUGAUCAACUGAACAUUUUAGUUCAAAACACCCUGAGUAUUUAAAGCUUGAUCAGCUUUAAUAAUCAAAAUAAAUUCAUGGUGACUGUUGGUGUAUCAGAGCUCUGAGCUCAGUUUGUAUUGAUUAUAUCUGAUCUAUCAUAGAACAAAAUAAAAUCUUCCACCUGCGUCCAUUUUUAAUAAAAGUCAUCAGAAGAGACGGCAGCAUCAGUGAUUUUCAUUCAGUGUUCAGGCACAAUGUGAUUGAUUCUGUUUGACUCACAUGUUACAAUAAAAAGUUCAG